CAACCACAACCACCACAACCACCACCACAACCACCACCACAGCCACCACCACCACAACCACCACAACCACAACCACCACCACAGCCACCACAACCACCACAACCACAACCACAACCCACACCACAACCACCACAACCACCACCACAGCCACCACAACCACCACAACCACAACCACCACAACCACCACCACCACAACCACCACAACCACAACCACCACAACCACAGCCACAACCACAGCCACCACAGCCACCACAACCACAACCACCACAACCACAGCCACAACCACAGCCACCACAACCACCACAACCACAACCACCACAACCACCACAACCACAGCCACCACAACCACAACCACCACAACCACAGCCACCACCACCACAACCACAGCCACCACAACCACCACAACCACCACAACCACAGCCACCACAACCACAACCACAACCACCACAACCACAACCACAGCCACCACAACCACCACAACCACCACAACCACCACAACCACCACAACCACCACCACCACAACCACCACAACCACCACAGCCACCACAACCACCACAGCCACCACAGCCACCACAACCACCACAACCACCACAACCACAACCACCACAACCACCACAGCCACCACAACCACAGCCACCACAACCACCACAGCCACCACAGCCACCACCACCACAACCACCACAACCACAGCCACAACAACCACCACAACCACCACCCACCCAACCACCACAACCACAGCCACCACAACCACCACAACCACAACCACCACAACCACAACCACCACAACCACAACCACAGCCACCACAACCACCACAACCACCACAGCCACCACAACCACAACCACCACAACCACCACCACCACAACCACCACAACCACCACAACCACAACCACAACCACCACAACCACCACAACCACAACCACAACAACCACAGCCACCACAACCACCACAACCACAACCACAACCACCACAACCACAACCACCACAACCACCACAGCCACCACAACCACAACCACAGCCACCACAACCACCACAA